CAUCUACCUACUCAAUGUUUACCUUAUCUUAUCGCUGCUCCUGCAUCGUCAUUUCUCCCCUACCACCUUACCACUUACGCAGUACGGAUACCUUGGUAGUGUUCGAUUGCCUCGCCCGCCCGCCCGCCUUGCCCGCUCCACACGUCUGAUAUGCAACCUGGAAACGGUCACGGCAUACAGACACGCAUCCUUUGAUAGGCCAGAACCUCUCUUAACAUCCCGUACCCAAACGAAACAGGCUUCUUUACUCAGCUUCUCUACAACCACUGUCGGAGGGUCGGAAGGGGUUUUACCAAGCAAGAGCGCGGCACGUAUUUUCGCACCUGCCUGUGUCAGAGUCCAUUUCGGGAAACGAAAGGGUCCUAUCAGCGGCCGUCGCUGUGGAGUGAGGCGACCCAACAACGACUGAGACUCGACAACGAUUGACCUGCUCAACGGCGCAAAGCAGGCUCGUCUCGUGUACAAGACGACAGGACUUCAAGGAAACAAUUUGGGGAGUCUUGGUGGAAAAUGGAAAGUCAAGGAGUGCAGCCGCAGGAUGCGAGCAAGAUGGUAGAGAUGCCUCCGGGCCCCCCUGCAAAGGGCAAGCCCAGACUCCUUUUGAUGGGUCAGAGAAGGAGCGGCAAGUCAUCAAUAUCGAGCGUCGUCUUUCAUAAGCUCCCGCCAAAUGAGACGCUUUUUCUGGAGUCGACAGCUCGUAUUCAAAAGGACUCCAUGGCAUCCUUCAUGGACUACCAGGUCUGGGAUUUCCCCGGCCAGAUUGACUUCUUUGAGAACCCAAACUUUGACAUGGACGCCAUCUUUGGCGAGAUUGGCGCCCUCAUCUGGGUCAUUGACGCCCAGGACGACUAUCUCGAAGCCGUAGCCCGCCUCAACGCCACGGUCCUAAACCUCCAGCGCUUCUACCCGAACAUCAACAUCGAGGUCUUCAUCCACAAGGUCGACGGUCUCUCGGACGACUACAAGCUCGACAUUCAGCGCGACAUCACCAUUCGCAUCCAGGAUGAGCUCUCGGACCACGGUUUCGAAAACGCCCCCGUCACGUUCCACCUCACGUCCAUCUAUAAUCACUCCAUCUUUGAGGCCUUUUCCAAGGUCAUCCAGAAGCUCAUCCCCCAGCUCGGCACCCUCGAGGCCAUGCUCACCAACCUGUGCCGAACCUGCCGCUUCGAAAAGGCCUACCUCUUUGACGUGCUCUCCAAGAUUUAUAUCGCCACCGACUCCGCCACGGCCGACAUGGCCUCGUACGAGAUCUGCUCCGACUACAUCGACGUCAUCAUUGACAUCACCGAGGUCUACGGCUCCUGGCCGCGGUCCGACGGCCAGCGCAAACGUCUCGAGGCCGAGCCCUGGAAUGCCAAAGUCGAGGACCAGGUCGCGUGUAACUGGGCCGAGAGCUGCAUGGUCCUGCACGACUCGCAGCGGCCUAUCAUGCUACGCGAGGUCGAUCGGUACCUGGCUCUCGUGGCGAUUAUGAAGGAGGACUCGUAUGACCGCAUGCCGCUCGUCAAUAUGAAUGUGGAGGCUGUCGUGCAGGGCGUCACGGAGUUCUUUGAAAUUACAAAGUCGAGGAAGUGAGCUGGCCUGGAGGGCGUGUGUAGUCUGUAGGGAUUGGGCAUGUGUUAGUUAGCCACAUGCGGC